GAGGAGGUGGAGGACGGGGUGGUGGCGGAUUGCGGACAUGGCUUCUGUCGUACAUGCGUGAUCGAAUACGUGGAGGGUGCCGUACGCGCGGCCAAGUGUCCCACCUGCUCCAAGCCUCUCACCGUCGACCUCUCAGCACCACCCGCCACCGCCGCAACGGCUGCUGCCACCGCCACCGCCACCGCCGCUGGCGACGAUGAUGACAUUGCCGCCGCAGCAGCCGGAGCCGGCAGUGGCGGCCGCCGUGGCGGAGGCAGCGGCCAUCUGGCUGCUGCUGCUGGUCCUUACCGGCCCAAGAAGACCAGCAUUCUGUCGCGUAUCGGCGACCUGAGCCGCUUCCAGACAAGCACCAAGAUCGAGGCCCUGCGUGAGGAGCUCCAGCGCAUGUGCUGCUGCGACCCGGGCGCCAAGGCCAUCGUGUUCAGCCAGUUCACCUCCAUGCUGGACCUGUGCCACUGGAGGCUGGAGCAGGUGGGUAUCCGCUGUGUGCGGCUGGAGGGCAGUCAGUCCAUGGAGGUGCGCGAGCGCGCCAUCUCGGCCUUCACCACCGACCCGCGGGUCAGGGUGUUCCUCAUGAGCCUCAAGGCGGGUGGCGUGGCACUCAACCUGACGGCCGCCUCCCACGUCAUGCUGAUGGACCCCUGGUGGAACCCCGCGGUGGAGCAGCAGGCGCAGGACAGGAUCCACCGGCUGGGUCAGUACAAGCCCAUUACGGUGGUGCGGUUCGUGAUCGCGGGGACCAUCGAGGAGCGCAUCCUCAAGCUGCAGGAGAAGAAGCAGCUUGUGUUCGAGGGCACGGUGGGGCGGGAUGUGGAGGCGCUGGGGCGCCUGACGGAGGACGACCUGCGCUUUCUGUUCGGGUAGCGUGCAUGCGUGCAGGCGUGGGUGAGGAAAGAAGAGAGGCGGAGUCUUGAUGGUUCCUGUUCGGCCAUGCGGACUGAGGGCUGAGGGAGAGAAAGGGGCGAGUGAUGAGCGAGUGGAAGCAGAAUAUGAAGAUGGAGAAAGGGGCGGUUUGGUGGGAGAGGUGGUCGCGGAGGGACGUCUUAAAGAGGAGCGCAAGUAGGCGCAGGUUGUGCAGUGGUGGGCAGGACUUCGCAUGCAGGGUUUUGGAGUGCAGGAACGCAAAGAAUGCGGGGGUACCGGUAAAUCAAAUGCGGUUGGAUGAGUGACGACAUUUGUUUGCUUGCUUGGACAUGCUAGUCAUCGCCUCUGCAGUUGUGUGGUGGGUGGUGUGUACGGCGGCCUACGAACCGCAGGUGAACAGUCAGUGUCCCAACUGCUUGCAAGAAUGGAACAGGCGCUGUCUUGGUUGGGCCCAUCAACCCGUAAACAAGCCAUUGUAGUAAGGGCGCCCCGAGCAGCUCCCCCAGGGGCACGCAGCCGUCGUGAUUUUUAGGGCCCGUAAUCUGGUUGCAUGGGAUGUGGUAUGUUGUCAUGGGUGACAUACAUAUACAUGCAAAGGCUGAGGCUGCUGGGUGGCGAACGACAGGGGGAUGCAAGAAGCAUUUCCAUGCAGCCUAACUUACAGCCCUCCGCAGAGCUUUUGCCUACGUUUGAAAUAUAAAGCAGCUGCCAACUUGUGGGUGAAUGGCGACAGAAACGUGACGCAUUUUUGUUUUCCGAAGUGUACCGAGAUAGAGCUGUCAGACGCCGCAUGAUGUACUGCCG